GUUUUUAAAUGCACUCCACAUGACAUACUCGGUAAUGCAUAGUGGGCACUCCGGAAUUUAAUAUAGUCCACACAUUAAAAAAUUUCACUUUUUGAGAGGGAAACUCAAAAUACUCCGUAAAUUUUUGUUUUCCCUCCUAAUUUCUUCACAAAGUACUGUCAUAAGGCUAUAAAUGAAUGUAUUUAAUGCACUCAUUUAUUGAAGCCAAAAAUGGAGAAUAUAUCUUCACAUUCUUCCUCUUCUUCUUCUUCAGCCACCUUUCAUCCAUUUGACCUCAAUGUCCCUGCUACCAUCCCUUUCGAUCUCAAUGAAGUUCUUGUCGUUUCAUUUGAUGUAGACGAAUCUACUACACUUUCCCUCCUCGCUGCAGCUUCAUUUAGCGAUACUGGGGUUUUGCGAGAUGGAGUUCCACGGGAUGCAACGCCUUUAAUGGGUGUACAUACAAGGCACAUUGACGACAUGUACAUGAAAAUGAAGAGCAAGAGUAGGAGGUAAUAGCGGCAUAGAUUACCUGAUGAUGAAAGGUAAUGCAUUGUAGAUUUACUAAUGGAUAAAGCUAACCAAGGUGAACUUUAGAGAGGGACUAUUCAAAAUGUCGCAAGGCAAUUCAACACUAACAUAUGGGCCAUUCAUACCUUGUGGACCAAAUCAAAACAACAAUUUAGUGCAGGGUUGCCCAUUAAUGUGCUACCACAACUGAAAGGCGCGUAGGCAAAAAAAAAAAGAAUCACAUGUGAUUUGGGAAAAUUGGUUGAAACUGUUAGUCGGUUUUAGUCGUUGUGCCCACGUCUUAGAGGGGGGGGGGUGAAUAAGGCUUUCAAAAUCUUUUCGAAGUUUAAUAAAAAAGUGUUGGCAAAUGCGGAAGCAAUAUAUAAAACGCAAAAAUAAAAUCGUAAAUAAAAUGCAUAUCGAUUUUAUGCUGGUUCGGGAACUCCCUACUCCAGUCUCUCGAUGCUCCUCCUCAAGGAUUUCCGAAUCCACUAAGUCCUGGUCUCUUGAACUCCGUCAAAGCAUCGCACUAGUUUGGCAAACAACCCUUGCCAAUAGGAUUCACUCUGAGAUUUCACGACAGCUAUCUCGAACCGUUUACAACAAAGCUUUAACAGCUAUCUUCUACCGUUCCCCCAAGGAUUUCAAAGGCUAUCCUUGAAACUCUACCCAAGGAUUUAUACGGUUAUCCUUAACCGUUACACCGUGAGAAUUUAACGGCUAUUCUCGAUCAUAUAAAUGUGUGUUUGAUGAACUUUUUAACGAACAACAACUUUUUGACGAACAAGAAUACAAUUCAAUUUUUGUUUCCAAAUGCUAAAAUCAGUUUUUCCAUUGAAAGGAGUCAAAGCAUACUGAUUCAUAGUAGAAAUAUCCACACAAGAGAAAAACAAUCCAAAAAUCACCACAAAGCAGGAAAAACUCACAAAAGAAAAUAAAAAACUGAAAAAAUCAGCAACACAAAGGCACGUAGAAUUUAGCCUAAAUUAUCCAAAUUUGGCUCACGUGUGUGAAGCAAUCGCAUGAACAAAUUGAGAUUAUUUUGUUAGCAAAAUUGCUUACUCAAUCCCGUUGCUCUUUCACACGAGCACAAACUAUAAAUAAUAAUGCAACGGAAUUAAACAACCCUAAAAAAUUGCUACGAGAGCAAGGGAUAAAGAGUUGUGUACCUGGGCGAAUCUAAUGCCUAGAUUCAUCUUACCUACUCCACGAAGGAAGAAUAAAGAUGAGCUUGAGCAGCCUCUGGAAUAGCUUUACCUCUGCCCGAUGCUGUGGUUUUACGCUCUCCGAAGAUCAUCAAAGAGUCUGCCUCGUGAAACUCUCUUGUCGGUCACCUGCUCUCUUCCGUUGCAUGGUGUUGUCGAUGAUUGCAAGGGCGAGAACAGAAUGACAAAAAAAUCAACUGAAUUUCUUCUCUCUUUUGUGCUUCGAACACAAACCCACUGGACUCCCCCUCCUCUAUGUUUUUUUGAUUGAUUGAGUUCACCAAAAAACAAAGAAAAAGAAAGCAAAUACCAAAGUUGACACCACUUGUGUUGAAUGAGGACCACACAAGGAUUACCCCACUAAGGGAUAGAUCGGGAGAAAAAAACAACAAAUAAGAAAUACUCAAUGGUACCAAAGUAAAGUACCGAAGUACUUUCUAACAAAAGGUACUCAUGUACUCAAUGCUCCUAACACCAUAGAAACCUUAUCCCUCUAAGGAAUUGACGGGAAAAAAUGCAAUAUAAUAGCCAGGCUCCGAUACCACUGUCACCCGGCCCAUAAAAUCGGUUCGUAGUUGUCCACUACUAGGAUACCAAAAGG